AUGUGUGAUAAUUUCGUGGUAAAUGAUAAAUCAUUAGAGGGUUUAAAUCAUAGCGAAUCAAUACGGAUAUUGGUAAAUAGCGGGACAAGAGUUAAAAUUAAAUUAAUUCGUUUUUUGGCUGGUUCACCGCAAGCUGAAUGUCUUACAAUGCUGCAAAAACAGGAAGCGGCAACUCAAGAGAUAGACGUUCCGAGUACGUUACGUGAUGUAGUAGCCAGCUGGAAACAUCGUUUGGGUUCGGAAUUUGAAGUGAUCAGCGUGGAUUUAAUUCCGGACAAAUGUGAUGAUGGUGGUUUAGGUAUUUCGCUAGAAGGUACAGUGGACAUUUUAAAUGGUGCUCAACUUUGUCCACAUCAUUACAUUGAUUCACUUAGGCCUGGUGGACCAGCUGCUUUCUCGAAUGCUCUUCGUUCAGGUGACGAAUUAUUACAGGCUAAUAACAUGGUACUAUACGGUGAAUCACAUGUAACCGUAAGGCAAGCGCUAAUUAAGGCUGCAUCAUUCUCACAACGAGUUAGGCUUACAGUAGCAAGGAAAAUUCAAACGGUGAAUGUUUUCAUGCCAAAGCCUGAGGAAGGCCUUCCAAUUGCAUAUCCUUUAUUGGCUGCCACAGAUGAUCGCCUUAUUAAGGCUAAAUCCGAAACUUGUAUAGCGAAAACUUUGGAUUCAACAACAGCUGUAUUGGAACAGGUGUCACGACGUUUACGAUCUCGAUCAUUGCAACUAUUCAAUGGAUUAGCUAUCUGGCGUUGUGUGCCAAUGAUAGUGCUAUUAGAGAAAGAUAGUCGUGGCCUAGGAUUUUCAAUUGUUGAUUAUCAGGAUCCAUUGCAUCCGGGACAAUCUGUAAUUGUGGUACGAUCAUUGGUACCGGGUGGUGUAGCACAAGCAGAUGGACGAAUAAUUCCAGGUGAUAGGUUAAUGUUUGUGAAUGAUGAGGAUCUAUCGAAUAGCACAUUGGAAUAUGCUGUAGCAGUCUUGAAAUCAGCUCCUGAUGGCCUAGUCCGAUUAGGCAUUGCAAAACCAAUACCCAUCGAAGAGUAUGAUAAUGGAAUAAAUGGUCAUUCACCGCUUAUUUCACGUAGCGAACGUGUACUUGCGAAAGGAAGCUCACCAAGGUCACGUCGACGUCCUCGUAAACAAUUUAAAUUGAAUUGUGAAACGGGAUUUCAAGGCAGCGAGAUUACCAGAAGACAGGAUUACUAUAAUACAAGGUUGCAAGAACGGAUUGCAAGGCGAGAUUGCAAGAGCAGGCUGGGUUACCACGACACGGGGUUGGAAGAUGGAGUUACUGUAAUGAAAAACUGCAAGAUCGGAUUACGAGAAGGAAUCAUUACAAGAGGCGAUUAUAAGACAGAUUUAUAUGGUUGA